GGCGGAUGAGUUGUGGACGGAAAAUUAUAAACACUGGCCAAAAACUAUGCCAGUGCGUUUCCUGUCUUCCAACUCUCGGUAUUUGAUUUGUACUGCGCCUCAUCCCCUGUCUAGCUUCUUGUGUGCAUCGGAGUAACGGAUCCGAUCACAUCUCACGAUGCCGCGAAAGCAUUCGUCGACAAGAUCGAUGCUGACGACAAGACAUUCAUCGGCUACGAGGUGGGCAUCGUCCUGCGAACAGAGUGGCACCAGGACUGACUGCCCCUGGUAGAAUGGAUUCCACGAGCUGGUCCACGAGCCUCUGAUCCGGGAGAGACUGUUGGAGGAUGUUAUAUCCUGGAUUGAACACCGC